CGAAGAGGGAUAUGACUUCCAAUCCCGAUGACUCGCCUGGGCAGCCCCCACGAAAGAAGGUCCGAAAGGGGACCCGCAGUUGCUGGGAAUGUAUCUGUCCCUGAUUUCUUCGCUGCAAUGGUCGGUCUCUGACACCAAGUAGGUAAACAUCGGAAAGUGCGCUGCCACUUCGCAAACAGUGGCGACCUGACUUGCAGAGAAUGCCAAUCCCGUGGGUCCGUCUGUCGAAGUCAGGACCUGCCAGAGCCAGAAAAUCCGCGUGAAUCAGAUCGCGGGUCUCUUAUCGAGAGAAUGACCCGCGUGGAAUCGCUGUUGGAAAAAGUUCUACAACGAAUGGGCAAUGGAGAUGCCUGCGAUCGGCAACCGUCGCCAUCCCUGGUGGACCACAAUAAUAGAGGUGCUAGCCCGCCGGCUAUAACCCCUUCAGCUCAUGAGAACGCACCCGUAUUGUCGCUGUUCAAUAACACCGUGCUUGGUUCACACCAACCAGACACUCAGCAUCAAAGCUCUCGGAACGACAUAGCUGACCCAGAGGUGCAGAAUCUGCGGGCGAACUUGCUGGCUUUUUUGCCGUCUCAAACCACAGUAAACAAGCUAGCGGAUGAGAACAACUCUUGGUGGCUCAUUCGAGUGCAGUGCUUUGGGGACGAAGAGAAAUCAUUGCUCUCUAAACCGGUGGCUGCUCUUCGUAAAAGCCACCCCGUAGUCAUUGCAAAAGCGCUGCUGUGGGUUAUUGUCUGUCUUCAACAACUGCCACCAAGAUAUGACACUAGCUCCCUCGGUCUUCCCUGCUCACCAUUGCAGUUUACGCAGCAAUGUAUCGCUUUGGUUACAACGUCGAUCUGCUCGCACAAUUCCAUGAUCCGGAAUGUCGAUGGACUGGAGUGUUUGGUUCUACAAGGUGUCUUUUAUAACAACGAUGGCAAGCUCCGACGUGCCUGGCUGUCUUAUCGACACGCCCAGAAUGUAGCCCAACUUAUGGGGCUUCAUCGACCGACUCCGGCGUCGCAAGAGGGCUCGACAUCUUUAGCACGUGCGAAAGGCAUCUGGAGACACAUUGUCUUCGCCGACCGCUAUCUUUCGCUCAUGCUGGGAAUGUGCCACGGUGUUGGCGAUGGUGCUCUCGAUCAGCAAUCCGCUUCACAAAACAUUGAAACACCUCACAUGAACAGGCUUUUCGUAGCGGCCGGCUCGAUCAUUGAACGAAACCAGACAUUUCCUACCUACUCACCAGACAUGAUGCGAAAGACGCAAACAAUUGACGCCGAACUCGGGGAUAUUGAUCCAACAACAAUCAACACCGACGGGAUUGAUCCGUCCGCUAAAACGCCGGAGCUUGCCCAAUGCUACGCCAAGUUAAUGACCCAGAUGUGGCACUUCCAGCUAACAGCAUGGCUACACCUGCCGCUUAUGCUUGAUUCGAGCACACAUAAGCGAUAUGAGUAUAGUCGGCAGAGUUGUUUAGAAGCAUCCAGACAUAUGAUCACAUGCUACAUAGCCAUCCGAAGUCUUACAGGGCAGAGCUUUUGUUGCAAGUCGCUGGAUUUUCAAGCCUUCACUGCGGCCGUGACCCUUUUGAUCAACCUGCUGGGGUCGGAGAAUCGACAAAAACCUACUCCAGAGGACUGGGAGCCGGCUAAUAAGGUCAUGGAUAUUCUGGAACAACUGGCGCAGGCACAGCCUGACGAGGUUGCGUCACGGGCCCUGAGUGUCUUGCAAACCCUCAAGAAUCUCUCGUCUGGCCGAACGGAUACUUCUUCAAAUGGCGCUGAGAGAAACCCCGAAGAGGAAUCCAAUCGCCUCAAGCUGGUCAUUCCGUAUUUUGGGACGGUCUUUCUAGACCGUAGGAUCAACUCGAGUGAUGCACCUGAUUCCAGUCGUCUGCUACAAAUCGCGCCCAAUGUAGUCGAGGGGACUCAGACGGCAUCUUCGCAGGAAGUAAUUCCUCCCGAUCCAGGCUCUGUUCGAUUAGAUGACAUCAACUUCUUUCCCGGCGUAGAGGCUGGGCCAGAGUUGAUCUCCGAACUUUGGUCUACGGAUCCCUCCUUGACACAGUCUCCAUUUUUGGCCGACUUCAGCGGUGGCUGGGACUGGGGAUUUAUCUAA